AUGAAACUCCCCUGCCUUGCGAGUUGCCUAUUCCUCCCCAUCAUCACUGGAGCCUUCGCCACCACCCCAGACCCUCUUAGCUAUCGGAGCCUUAGUGGAAGCUAUGUCCCUCCCAAGUCGCCCAACGUUACUACGCUUCUGGAGUUCAUCAAUUCCCGGUCAGAUCUGAGUGUUCUCGCAGAUGAAUUGCAGACAAUCGGCGGCUUUCCGAUGGCUUUUGAUACUGAACCAAGCUGGAGCUUCACUUUCUUCGCGCCGAACAACGAUGCCUUCGCCCUUCAUACUGGCACAUACUUCAACGAAUUCAAAUCCACUCCGAAGGGCAAAUGGUGGCUGGGCAACACGCUCCUCUCACAUUACGUGCCAAACACCAAUCUCAACUCUAGUAGCUUCAAUGAGACCUACCAACGAUUUCAAACUGCAAGUUACCUCUAUGUCGGUUCGCAGGUUCAAGAUGGUGCGAUCAUCCUGAACGACGUGGCCACCGUGGUGGAAAAGGAUAUCUCAGUCACAAAGGCGAGUCUCAGCUGGUUUGGCUUUGCUCCUUUUCGGUUCGACGCAUUAACCGUUUUACAAAGGGAACAAUCCACAUCAUUGAUCGCAUUCUCGACCCUUCAGCCCAGGUUUUCGAAACGGACCUGCCAAAAGUCUCUCAGAGUUUCAUUCCUGGAAGUUGUUCGAAUCAGGAUCUGUCAUAUUGCUGAUGGAUGA